AUGCCUGCGCGUCGCCGCUACUCGAGUGUGUCAUCCUCGUCGUCCGGCACCUUCAGCGAGCCGAGUGAUCGCGGUAACAGGAGCGGCAGUGACAGCAACUCUUACUACGCAGGAUCCGGUUCCUACCGAUCCGUGUCCUCCGUGUUGACCUCCUCUCGGUCCGGGGCGACGACCACCGCAGCCACGACAGCCAGCUCCACCUCAGCUGUCGACUCGUCAUCCACGAAUGCGUUCUCAGAUGUGCUGACAACAUCAUCGGGGUACGGGCACUCCUCGGAACCGCCCGGGCGCGCAGUGCCCCGCCCCGCUGCCUCCAGAUCGAAGGCCGUUGGGCACAAAACUACCAAAGGCGCGAGUGGCGUUGUCGUCGCCAACUACGAGAACAAGGGGGCAGGGGAGACACUGGCGCAGCGGACAGCCUCCACUUUCACGGCGACCACCACCGCCAGCAGUGCCACGGUGGACGACACCGGCGCGCUCGUGCGUGCGCCGCAGUCGCCGAUGCCGCAAGCGGCACUCGCACCCGUCUCCAACCGGACCGCGGGCAUCGCCCGGGUGAAGCCUUACCACGUCUCUGAGGAAGAGCUGGUGCGCCACCCAUGGGUGCCGGUGGACUGCGACACGACCGUGGACGCGCGCAAGGAGGGUGGCAAUCGCGGUGGGUUGGCACUCAGUGUGUUGGAUACGAUCCACACGGCCCCGAUAGCGGUGCCUCCGCCGCCAGAGGAGGUGCAGCGACGCCGCGAAGAGGGCAGUCUGACCUAUCCGAGCCGUCUGAUGUUCCGCUUUGUGCCCAGCUCGUCACCAGUGCGCCACAGCGCUGUGGCGGAGGGCAAGGACGGGACGGGAAACGGAGGCGGGGGAGCGAAAUUGGGAGCUGACGGCGCCACCGCCACACGUGCGCGCAAGACCUUCGUCCCCUGCUGCUACCUCCAUGGUUGCUGUGAGAAGGCGCCGUGCGGAGUGAAAAGCUACACGGCGACGCGGCAGAGGCCUCACCACCCCCUGCGCAGCCAUCACGUGCCGGUGGUGAACUUCCAUACGACGCGUGAGCAUCGCAUUCCGGUGGAGGGCGUCCAAAACGUGUUGCCGAGCGUCGAGGAAGCUCCCGGCGGCCAAAACCUCCAAGUCGACAUGACGGGCACAGAGGAGCUCCCGAAGCGGCUGCAGAAGGCAAUACAGCCACGCGACCGACCUGCCAGCGGCCUGUGCUUUGAGAAGUCGUACGCCGUUGUGCAGGAAGCUGGUGGAGGGUGGGACGGGGCCGGGAAGUCUGCCUUCAUGCGCGACGGCGACCCGCAGGGCUUCUGGAUCGCGCAGCUGCACAGGCGUGCAAGCAUACGCCUCGAGCCCAUCGAGAUCGAGUGA